AAAAAAAAAAAAAAAAAAAAAAAUCCAAACUCAAUUUGUAUCAUUUCUGUAUCACUUUAUAUCUUUGUACAUCCUCACAACUCUCUCACACACACCCCCCAACUUUACUCCUCCUCCCCCCCCCCCCCAAUUAUCUGUCAUACAUUAAAUGAUGGUAGCCUUUUUUAUAUAAUUUUUUUUUUUUUUUUUACCAACCCGAUAUUAAAGUCUUGUUCUGUAACAGGAAACAUGGUUUGCUGAAUAAUUAUGGACUCUAAAAUAGUCUUAUAUGACGUCUGUCUUGUUUGACGGAUUCCUUCCUUCUUUCUCUUUUAAUUUUUUUUUCUUUCCUUCGUAUUAUGGGUGCCCGUCAAUCAAGUGAAUACAAAAAAAACAAUGAGAUUGAAAAAAUGAUAAAAAAGGAAAAAGUGUAUCUUCGAAAGGAGCUCAAAGUUCUGUUGCUAGGCAGUGGUGACAGUGGCAAAAGCACAAUUUUAAAACAAAUGCGCUUGAUCCACGCUUGUGGAUUUUCAAAAAUUGAACGAGAAAACUUUAGAAUCAUGAUUCUGACAAACAUGUUGGGAUCCAUGCAAGCAUUGCUGGAAGGAAUGCACAACUUGAACUUGAAAUUCGAAAACGAAACGAACUGGAAUUACAUUUCUAUGUUUGAGCAUAUCAAUGGCCAAAUUUCAAUUCAUGAAUCCUUUCCAAUUGAAUAUCUCGAACCACUGCAGUCAUUAUGGAAAGAUAGCAGCAUUCAACAUACAUUUUUAAAAGGCAACACGUUUGCUUUUAACGAGAACAUAAAAUAUUUCUUUGAUCAAUUAGAUCGAUUUUUUGUGCCCGAUUAUUCACCAAGUGAUGCUGAUAUUAUUCACUGCAGAAUCAAAACCACCGGAAUUGUGGAAACAAAGUUCAAAAAUGGGUCCGUUAUUUAUAGAAUGUUCGAUGUAGGCGGCCAGAGAAGUGAGAGAAAGAAAUGGAUUCAUUGUUUCGAUAAUGUUGCUGCUGUUUUAUUCGUUGCCGCAUUAAGUGGCUAUGAUUGCUGUCUGGUAGAAGACAAAUACUCCAAUCAAAUGUACGAAGCUUUUAUGCUAUUUGAAUCCAUCUGUAAUUCAAAAUGGUUUGUAAAUUCAUCCAUGAUUUUAUUCUUGAACAAGGUAGAUCUAUUUCGAGAGAAAAUGCGUAGGUCAGAAAUAUCAGAAUAUUUCCCAGAUUAUCAAGGUCCUGCCACUGAUUACCAUCAAGCUAGAGAUUUCUUUAAACACAGAUUCACCAAACUGAACACAAACAAGGAGAAAUUCGUCUAUGUACAUUUCACUGUUGCCACAGACACCAAAUUAUUAGCUCACGUCAUGGAAUCCGUGUCUGACAGUAUUCUCCAUGAAAAUCUUCAAACUCUUUUAUUGUAACUCCACACACCCUAUUUUAUUUAUUCCCUAACUAUGUCCCCCCUUUUUUUUUAUAUUUAUUAUGCCAUUCUAACAUUUCUGUUUCUAAUUAUACAUAUUAUACCUUAAACUGCGCGCUAAUAUUUCAAACAGCCUACCAAUAAAUAUACU